CAAGUCCCCGCAGGCAACGACAUUAAAAGCCGAAGACUACACUCAAAACCCUAAUCUCUUCAACUGAAACUUACAAGACUCGGCCACGAGCCACCUCCUCUCCCUCUUCCUCAUUCUCUCUACGCUUUAAUUCUAUAUUUCCAGGAGUGAAAAUGUCCGGUGAGGAGGGUACCGUCGCCGUUGAGACCCCGUCUCAGCCUCUUGGCGAGGCCAUGGACUUGAUGACUGCAUUGCAGCUAGUUCUCAGAAAAUCUUUGGCUCAUGGUGGGCUUGUUCGAGGUCUUCACGAAGGUGCAAAAGUGAUCGAGAAACAUGCUGCCCAGCUCUGUGUAUUGGCUGAGGACUGCAAUCAGCCUGACUAUAUUAAGCUUGUGAAAGGGCUUUGUGCUGAUCAUGGUGUUGGCCUCUUAACGGUUCCCAGUGCCAAGACUCUUGGAGAAUGGGUUGGAUUGUGCAAGAUUGAUCCCGAGGGCAAGGCCAGGAAGGUAGUUGGUUGUUCUUGCGCUGUAGUUCAGGAUUACGGUGAGGAGAGUGAAGGUCUUAAUGUUGUCCAGCAACAUGUCAAGUCUCACUGAGUAGCAAUGAAUCUGUUAUACCCUGGGCUUAAUUAAAAGUUAAUAUGUAGAGACCUUUUGUUUUCAUAUAUCCUUUGGGGUUUCUGAGUGCUUGCUAAUUGCAGGUGCUUGCAUUUGAGUUGUUUCUUAUCAUUGUGGUUUAACGUUUUUCUUGAUGUAUGACAUGCGGAAUUAGAACCUUUUUGGGUUUGAAAUUGAACACAAUGCAUGAUUGUUUAGAUGUA